AUGCCAAGUGCACAAUCAGAGAUCCGAGACAUCGAUCCGAGAAAAACGGUUGGUGAUGAAGGACUUCUAGCUGAAAUUGGUUACAAGCAGGAGCUAAAUAGGACCUUUAACACGUUCCAGGUGUUUGGCAUAGCUUAUAGUAUAAUGGGACUUCUUCCGUCUAUCUCGUCUCUAACUGGCACCGGUUUAACAGCUGGUCCCGCGGGAUUUCUUUGGUCAUGGUUUGUCUCGGCUCUCUUUAUACUUUCCUUAGGUGUUUCUAUGUCUGAACUUGCCUCCAGUGAACCUACCGCUGGCGGACUUUUUUAUUGGACAUUCUAUUAUGCUCCUAGAAAGCACCGUGUUUUAAUAUCUUAUGUUAUUGGUAUGAGUAACUCUAUGGCAUUGAUUGCUGGUUCUGUUAGUAUUGCCUACGGAAAUGCAGAAGAAAUCCUUGCAGCCGUUUACCUUUCAAAAAAUGGUAAUUUCGACAUCACCAACGGAAAAACGUAUGGAAUCUUUGCCGCUUGUAUUGUUUCCCAGGCCAUCUGCACAUGUAUUUCCUCGAGACACAUUGCCUUAUUGCAAACGAUAUCUGCUGUUUCGAAUACUGGAUUAAUUGCUCUUUUCUUCAUUGCGUUACCUAUUGGAACAAUGAGAAACAGAGGUCACUUCAAUGAUGGUUCCUUUAUCUUUGGUCAAGUCAACAACUUUUCUGAUUGGCCCAUUGGGUUUCAGUUUUGCUUGUCCAUGAUGACAGCUGUUUGGACGAUUGGCGCUUUUGAUUCAUGUGUUCAUAUGUCUGAGGAAGCACGUAAUGCUAGUAUGAGCGUUCCUAUUGGUAUUACCAGUUCUAUCUCAUUUUGCGGUCUCUUAGGAUGGCUCAUUAUUAUAUGCACAAACGCUUGCAUGAAUCCAGACCUUGAUUCUAUUCUAAGUACACCUUCUGGAUUCCCAAUGGCCCAGAUCAUCAGUGACUCGUUGGGAAAUAAAUGGGCUGUCGCAUUCAUGUCUUUGACUGCUGCAUGUCAAUGGCUUAUGGGUGCCUCUAUCCUUACUGCAUUGUCCCGACAGGUUUGGGCAUUUGCACGUGAUGAUGGCUUACCAUUUGCUUCUUGGGUUAAGGUUAUUAAUAAAAAAAUGAAAGUUCCAAUCAGGGCAGUUAUCUUUUCUUGCAUAAUUGCUCUUCUUCUUGGAUGUUUAUGUCUUGCUGGUUCUGCUGCCUCAUCAGCUCUUUUCUCUCUCGCAGUUUCUGGUAAUUAUGUUUCCUGGUGUACUCCAGUGCUAUUCAGAUUGACCUCGGGUAGAAAGAGAUUCCGUCCCGGAACAUUCUAUCUUGGAGAUCGGUUGUCUAUAAUUAACGGCUGGAUCACCAUUGCAUGGGGAGCUUAUAUCAUCUGUCUUGCAAUGUUCCCUAGCUCCAAAGUGGUUGAUAAAAGCACAAUGAAUUAUACAGUGGUUAUUACUUGUGGAGUGUGGAUCUUAUCCGCCCUUUACUUUAUCUUGUAUAAGUACAAGCACUAUCACGGUCCGAAGGCCAAUAUUUCUGCUGAGGAGGCUCUGUCCAUCGAUGGUUCUGCUGAAGUUAUUCCAAUGAGUAUUGAUGAUAAAGUCGAGUGA